GAGGUAUAGAUCAAACAGGGCCGCAUAUAUAAGCAGAAGACGGGCUCCGAGUCAGCCGCUGUUUCCUUCGUCUGCUUGUUGCCCUGGGCCGUCGUCAGCGUCGUUGUAUUGGACGCUUCUCCACAGCCAGACACGGGAUGGCAAAGAUUUUGGGACCGACGGUUUUCGCAUUCAUCGCGUGGCAUGCGCUUGGAGUCGAUGCCUCUCCGCAAUGGUACGACCAAGAUUAUGGACCACAAGCACGCAUUCAUGCCGGCGAUCCAGUGCGCCAAAACAUAUACCCGUUUGUUGUGCGGAUAACUGUGGAACACAAUGAGAACGCAAGAUACCCGGGCCCCGACGAAGCCUGCCGAGAUGCAUACCCUAGUUCCGGGCAACCAUAUUAUCCCAAGGUCUGCACUGGUGCCGUCAUCACUCGACGGCAUGUUCUGUCUUCUGCACGCUGUCUCCGGCCAAGGAAUUAUCAUGCACAGUACAGUGUCCACUUCGGAGCAGCAAAUGUGGACAGGCAAAAGCCCAAGAAGGUGACCCGCAUCUUUCGGCACCACAACUGCACGCUCUACGGUGGACUGCAAAGAGCGGGCCACGACCUGGCGGUGUUCCAGGUUGCCAACGAUUUCCCUGACGCGGUAACACCAAUCCAACUCCCCAAAGCGUUCCCGUCGUACCUUUUCGGCGAGGAGCUCGAUACGGCGGGAUGGGGAAACCUUAACGAAGGCUAUGGCAAUGUGCAGCACAGCCGUCAACUUCAGCAAGCAAUCCUGCGUCUGCAGAGGGGCAAGGUUUGUCGGGAGUACUUAGACAACUGGAUCCUGGAAGGACAAGUCUGUACUACGGCCGUCAGGGGAUAUCCACAACAGGAUGAUUUCGGAGCUCCGCUGUGGUACAAUGAAGGAGGGUGGAGACUUCUGGGUGUGUUUUCCUGGUAUGCUGAAACCUACGACGGAGACGUUGUUUCUGUCUUUACAACGACGACCGACCAUCAGAAGUGGCUCCAGCAAUUUACCAGAAACAAGCGCAGACAAUACGAAUAAAGUGAUACCAGUAGGUGCUUUGA